CAGCUGUUCUCAUGGAUCUAGUUGAGUUACACAGCACUUCCCCAUCGGUCCCUCCCUUUCACUUUGGUGGAUUCAUGUGAAUGUUCUUUACAAACAGCUCCUUCAGGAGGUCUUUCUAUGGCAAUGGAUGUAAGCAGAGGUCUACACCAACCAGCAGGCACAGUUUUUCUUUUUUUCAAUACCUCUGUGAGGUCUGAUAUCUUUUAGUAAAUGUUUACCAGUGAACUCAAAGUGAUAUUGGGGAUAGGAGGACAAGGACUGUAAAAUAUCACUGUCAUCUUUUCAUGGGUAAUUGUGAUAUUUCUGAUUCGGCCCGAAGGUACGCUUAUCAUUAAAACUACUUAGGUACAGGGCCGUUCAGAGGCCGCCGCGAUGCUCCCCUCCUUGCAGGAAUCGCUGGAUGGCGAUGAGAAGGCGCUAGAGAGCAGCGAGGAGGGCGGCCCCACCGAGGAGCCCAGACUCAAGCCCCUGCCCAGCAGCCGCUACUGUGUCUACAGCUACCGUGGAAGCAGACUGGCCCAGCGGCGGGCGGGCGGUGAUGGUGGAAGCCCAAGUGGCACAGAUGCAGAAACUCCCUCUGGUGAUGAUUUCAGCCUCUCCUUGGCGGAUACUAAUCUACCCUCUGAAGUGGAGCCAGAGCUGCACAGUUUCAUUGCUAAGCGUCUUUCUAAGCGAGCAGUCUUUGAAGGGCUGGGUAAUGUUGCAUGUGUGGAACUGAGAACUCCAGGUUACAGAGUCAGUUGUUACUACUGCCUUUUCCACAAGAAAAACUGCUUCCCUAAACAGCAACAACGGACUCCGAACAUAACUCUCGAGUAUACGGUCUGCUUUUUAGGAGGGUCUGAAAAAGGACUUGAGCUUUUCAGGCUUGAAUUGGACAAGCAUAUUCAAGGGCUGAAAAAUGACAUGAAUCGUGAGGAAACGGGUGGGGAGAACCACAUACAGUCCUACCCGAGCAGCUGUUUUGAGGAUGUCAUAUGCCCAAUCCAAAGGGUGGUUCGUCUCUUUCAGAAGAAGCUUACCUUUCUGCUACUUGCCGCUCUGAGUUAUACUCCCAUUGAGGUUGAAGAAUCAGAUGAAAAAGCAAAAAGAGACAUUCACAGGUUUCUGAGUGUGGCCAGUCUCCAAGGCCUGAUUCACGAAGGCACCGUGACGUCUCUGUGCGUGGCCACGAAGGAGCGGCGUGCGUCCGUGUUCAGCGACUGUAGUAGCUCCCGGACUCAGUUCCACGGCGCGGGAAGCAACUGGCCUUGUGAGGACGGAAUGCAGCCUUUUUUGAAUGGUGCUGACGGAGGUAACCCUUUUCUUUUUCGGCAAGUCCUGGAGAACUUUAAACUAAAGGCCCUACAAGACACAGAUAAUUUGAAGAGAUUGAUCUGGCAGGCUGAAAUGAAUCAUUAUGCUUUGUUUCAGUGUUUCAUGUUCCUAAAGAACUGUGGUAGUGGAGAUAUCUUUCUGGAGAUUGUUAAAGUGGAACACGAAGAAUUGCCCAAAGCCAAAAGUGUGGUAGCUAUCCUCAAAGGAUCUGUGAAAGAAGCUCCUGCCCAAAGUUUUUGA